CUAUUAAUCCUUAAGGGUAGUACCCACUUAGAGAAAUGGUACACUAAAACCGAUAUACCUGACGAGUACGCCUUUAGGCUGUCGUCUACUGGCUACUCUAAUGAUACGCUCUCACUCGAGUGGCUUAAACACUUCGACUACUACUCAUCACGACGUCAGCGCGGGGUCUACCGACUACUUAUCUUCGACGGAUUUGGCUCUCACUGUACAGUAGAGUUUUUUCGUUACGCCGACGACCAUAAGAUUAUCUUAUUUACGCUGCCUCCGCAUACGUCUCACGACCUACAACCGCUUGACGUUGUGUGUUUUCAACCCUUUAAACACUAUCACAAGAGCGCUGUUGAGGCGGCAACCCGUACUGGCUGUACUGACUUUAAUAAAGUUGAGUUUCUCUACGCAAUUAAAGGUAUCCGCGCUGCUACUUUUAAGCAACGGACAAUC